AUGGUCCCUGACCUCCGUGCACCUCAGGCUUAUUCACUCAGGUUUGUGUCUGUCUGCCUGUGGGAGCGCGCGUAUCACUUCUCGUCCCUUCCUCCUCCGCCUGCCCCUCGUGUGUGUACGCAGAGUGCACGCUUAGAGGCGCGGCACCGGUUUGGGGGUCUUCCCCGGAUCCUGAGCUGCGUGGGAACGUGCACUUUCCACCGUGCUCAUUCCCCUCCUCUUGCUCCUCGUGCGUACGCGCAACCUCGGUUCGCCGGAACGAGGCGUGUGGCUUACGGCUUCUCUCAGGCCGCCCCCCUGUGA